AUGACUACUCCAUUUUCGCAGUCUGUUUUUGCCCAAUCUCUUUUCGAAGAGAACCCAGCAAAAAAUGUUGAAAUCGUUGAGCCACCGACGCGAAACUCACCAUUUCUUGUUCCAAAACGCCAAAAAGAUGUAACUACAGACUUACGGCGCUCUAAAACCACCUCAGACGUUCAUCCAGUCGCGUCGUCAUUGGAAGAUGCAAGUUCCAACGCGUCUACAUCAUCAAAAUUGCUUCCUAUUCAGGAAAUUCCAAAACAACAAGAUUACCCAGUGCCUCCUCCUUCUGGCUAUUGGAAACAUCCUGUUGUUGAUACCGUCUCGAAACGUCUUCAUGAUCAGAUCCCUACCGAUCGCACUUGGAGCCGCAUGAUUUCUAAUCUAUUUGCUCUUAUUUGCUUUCAAUUUCUAAAAUGUUUUCUUCCAAAAACAAACUCUAUCAGGUUUGCUUCUUGGGCACUUCAAUUCUUGCUGCUCCUAAAUAUCCUUGAGGCUUUUUGGCAGUUUAUUCGCCCUCGCCCUACUUUUGAUGAUUUGAAGCUAAGUCCUAAUCAAAGAAAGCUGCUUGGAUUACCACCAGCUGAUCCAAACUCCACUCACAUCACAGGUCCUAGUUUCCAACCUUCCAGCAAGAUGUCGAGUUCGAAAACUUUUCCUUCACAGCGAAGCACUACCUGGGCUUAG